AUUUUCGCUGAAAAAUCAAUCAAAGAAUUGAUUUAAUCGGCCGUGCAAAGCUAAAACUUUUACCACAAACUGUGCACUGGCAUUUAUAAUUAAGCAGAAGAAUUUCAAAGUGCUUGACAUUGCUCCGCUUUGGUUCGUGUGAAAUAGAAAAACUGAUUUGACGUGCGUGUGUGUGCGUGAUCAAAGAAAAAUGGCAGCGAGCGACAAAUCAGUCGACGAUUCUCUUUAUCCCAUAGCUGUUCUUAUUGAUGAGCUGAAAAAUGAAGAUGUCCAGCUGCGCUUGAACUCUAUUAAAAAGCUGUCGACCAUUGCCUUGGCAUUGGGCGAGGAACGUACACGCUCCGAGUUGAUACCCUUUUUGACCGAAACUAUUUAUGAUGAGGAUGAAGUGCUUUUGGCUCUGGCUGAUCAGCUUGGCAACUUCACAAGCCUUGUCGGCGGUCCAGAAUACGCCAUGUACUUGAUACCACCACUGGAGAGUUUGGCAACCGUCGAGGAAACCGUUGUGCGAGAUAAGGCAGUUGAGUCCUUACGUACCGUAGCUGCGGAGCAUAGCGCUCAGGAUUUGGAGAUUCAUGUAGUGCCCACACUGCAGCGUUUAGUUAGCGGAGAUUGGUUUACCUCCCGCACAUCUGCUUGCGGGCUCUUCUCUGUUUGCUAUCCACGCGUUACUCAGCCGGUGAAGGCAGAGCUGCGCGCCAAUUUCCGUAAGCUGUGCCAAGAUGAGACCCCAAUGGUGAGACGCGCAGCGGCCAACAAGCUUGGCGAAUUCGCCAAAGUCGUUGAAACCGAAUAUCUUAAGUCGGAUUUGAUACCAAACUUUGUGCAGUUGGCACAGGAUGAUCAGGAUUCCGUGCGCUUGCUGGCUGUGGAGGCUUGCGUUAGCAUUGCCCAGUUAUUACCGCAGGAUGAUGUGGAGCAUCUGGUAUUGCCCACGCUCCGUCAAUGCGCCAGUGAUUCGUCCUGGCGUGUGCGUUACAUGGUGGCCGAGAAGUUUGUGGAUUUGCAAAAGGCCGUGGGUCCUGAAAUCACUCGAGUAGAUUUGGUUCCCGCAUUCCAGUAUUUGCUUAAAGAUGCCGAGGCUGAGGUACGUGCUGCUGUGGCCACCAAAGUGAAGGAUUUCUGCUCCAAUUUGGACAAAGCCAAUCAAGUGCAAAUCAUAAUGACCUCCAUUCUGCCAUAUGUGCGCGAUUUAGUCUCUGAUCCUAACCCACAUGUAAAAUCGGCACUGGCUUCCGUCAUCAUGGGGCUAAGCCCCAUGUUGGGCGCUUAUCAAACAGUGGAACAACUGCUCCCACUCUUCCUCAUACAGCUCAAGGACGAGUGCCCUGAAGUGCGUUUAAACAUCAUAUCCAACUUGGAUUGCGUCAAUGAUGUUAUUGGUAUUCAGCAAUUAUCACAGUCCCUACUGCCCGCCAUUGUAGAGUUGGCCGAAGACUCGAAGUGGCGCGUGCGUUUGGCCAUUAUUGAGUACAUGCCUGCAUUGGCCGGACAAUUGGGUCAAGAAUUCUUUGACCAGAAGCUGCGCGGUCUUUGCAUGGGCUGGCUCAAUGACCAUGUCUAUGCCAUACGCGAGGCAGCAACACUGAAUAUGAAGAAACUAGUGGAGCAAUUCGGCGCACCGUGGGCCGAACAGGCCAUUAUACCCAUGAUAUUGGUCAUGUCGCGCAACAAGAACUAUUUGCACAGAAUGACCUGCCUGUUCUGUCUAAAUGUGUUGGCGGAGGUUUGCGGAACAGAUAUUACCACCAAACUGUUACUGCCCACUGUCCUGUUGUUAGCAGCUGAUCCCGUUGCCAAUGUGCGUUUUAAUGUGGCCAAAACAUUGCAGAAGAUUUCCCCGUUCCUCGAGGCCAGCGUAAUUGAUGCGCAAGUGAAGCCAACAUUGGACAAACUCAAUGCAGAUAACGAUGUGGAUGUCAAACACUUUGCUGCACAGGCGAUUGCGGGAAUAGCGGCAGAGAUGGAGCUAAAUGUCUUUAGAACUGCCGUGCCACCAUGCAUGGGCCAUAAACUUGAAGCGGCCAUGAACUCUAAGCUAAUUGUCGAGCCGCCACCCAUGCCGGUGGAAUCUGAUGAUGGGGGCACGGCCGUCGUACUACAAUUAAAUUCGAAGAAGUCAGAAGAGGGCGCCGUUAAGGAGCUGCCGAAAAGUGAAACGGAAUGUUAGAGGAUGAGUAGCCCAAACAAAGCCCAAAAAAUUUCAAACCAAUGUGAAAACCUAUUGUAAUCAAUACCAAUUGUGCAAAAGUUUGCGACUAAUCCCAAAGCUGGUGUAACACACACGUUCAUAUUCAAUGUCCCUUUUGAAUCGUAGUUAAAGAAAAUUGUCAUGUGUUAAGGAAUAUGUAUGUGUAUCUCACAAAUUGUGCUUAACAUAAGAAACACGUAUGCGAAUCGAAUACUAAUAGUUUAAAUCACA